AUGGAGGGAGGCAGAAGUCCAUCCUUUUCCGUACUUCUUUCAGCGUGUCCCUGCCUCACUUAUCGCAGAUUAGACGAGACGACCGACUGGGGGUCCUCUCGACCCCACCGAACCAACACAGGCCUGUCGCGACCAUACUCCGUCUCCUCUUCCUCCAACACGGGCACAGCACGGCUUAUCUUAAUCCUGGCACCGGCCAGACCGGCACUCGGGCGCCACCAUUUGCCCGGUUGGGCGCAUACUCGCAUUCUUAUUCAUACAUAUUUACACACAUUCACAUAUUCAUUAGUGUUUCUGUUCCACUAA